AUGGAUUUCGAUAACCUCAAGAACCAGGUCAGCAACCUGACCUUGUACGAUCUCAAGGCGGGAGUGCGCAAGGUCCAGAAUGCUGUCAUGAAUUACACUGAGAUGGAGACCAAGGUCCGAGAAGCUACAAACAAUGAGCCUUGGGGUGCCUCCACAACGUUGAUGCAGGAAAUUGCUACUGGGACCCAUCACUACCAACUACUUAACGAGAUUAUGCCUAUGAUCUACAAGCGAUUCACGGACAAGACAUCAGAGGAAUGGCGACAAAUCUAUAAGGGUCUCCAACUUCUUGAAUUCCUGAUUAAAAACGGAUCAGAACGUGUUGUCGACGAUGCCAGAUCUCACCUGUCCCUCAUUCGCAUGCUCCGUCAAUUCCACUACAUCGACCCGAAUGGCAAGGAUCAAGGAAUCAACGUGCGGAACCGUGCGCAGGAGCUGGUUAAGCUGCUGGGUGACGUCGAACUGAUCCGUGCUGAAAGAAAGAAGGCCAGGGCUAAUCGUAACAAAUUCCGUGGAUUUGAGGGCGGAGCCGGAGUUGGAGGUGGUAUCGGCGGCGGGAUCGGAAGCUCUGGAGGGGGUCGAUAUGGAGGCUUCGGCAGCGAGAGCCUCUCCUUUGGCGGAUACAGCGGAGGUGUCUACGGGGACGGCGGUGGCUUUGGAGGCGCAGCCGGGGACUUUGAGGAUUCCGGACGACGCUCCAAUCGGUUUGACGAAUACGACGAGUACGAUGAGGCAGACGCUGCCCCUGCCCGGAGACGUGCCGCCAGUCCUCCCCGUACCCAACGAGAAGCCAAAAAACCUGAGGCCCCGAAGGCGCCUGAGCCAGAUCUACUCGAUAUCCUCGAUGAUGAACCCACCGCUGCCGCACCGGCCCCUGCGCAAACUAGUUCCUCCGUUGCCGCUGGGAAGCAGCCUGCAAGCAGCAAUGGCCUUAAUAUGCUAGACCCUGCGCCGGCUGAUGAUGACGAUGACUUCGAUGAUUUCCAGUCGGCCCCCCAGGCAGCUCCCUCCAACACAUUUGGUAUCCCACCACCUGCCUCAACCGUUAGCACGAAUUCCACCACCCAGUUUGCUGCCCCACGGCCCGUGUCGGGAACACAAGGGUCGAACUUGGACGGCAUUGUUGGGUUCACUUCGAUGACACCAACACCGACCUCGAGUGGAUUCGCAUCCCCUACACUUUCUACUCAAAACUCGAAGCCCGCCGCGCAGCCCAAACCUUCCGGGUACCAGGCGGCAACCCCCAACUACUUCACCUCUGUUGCCACCCAGCAGGCACCGUCUUUGGGCCACCGACCGGCAAUGCCAUCCACUUCAUCUUUCUCAUCUGCCACUAGCCCUGCCACCCCAACUGCAGGAAGCAAGCCCGCGGCGUCAAAGCCUUCCGGCGACGCGUUUGGAUCCCUGUGGUCGUCAGCCAGCGCCAGUGCAGGAAUUCAGAAAUCCUCAUCUAACGCCAGCAAAGGGCCGAACUUGGCAAGCAUGGCGAAGGAGAAGGCAAGCGCAGGUAUCUGGGGUGCACAGUCAUCUGGGCUUUCCUCUCAAGCGCCCUCCCAACAGUCAUCGCAGCAAGCACCAAAAACUGGUAGCUCCGGGCUGGAUGACUUAUUGGGGUAA